CCUACCAUGACUUUGACGACAUACCUCCGUUUAUCGUCCAUACCCACAAUACAAUUCCUAUGACAGGGAACAUUCAUAACGCUACUAUCAUUGCCUUUUCUUCUUUUUUGGGUUUGAAUCGACCGAGAUCAAGUCGCGAAUAAGCUUAGCAGAGCCUCAAAGCUACAAAACCGAACCAGACUUCACGUCUCCCGAACGAACAAACUUCAAGACUGACCUCGUCCUGCCCUCACCUCGUCUCCUCCGCCCGCCACCAUGCUGCCCCCAGUCGCCUACGAAGUCCUGAACGCGAAUCCCUUAUUUUCCAACCUAUACACCGAGCUUACUACCCGAAUUCUCGAUCCCGUUGACGGGUCAACGCGUUCUUCCUCCCGUCCUAAUGACGUCCUCGACCAGGUAUUUCUUCAAACCUUUCACGUUCGGGGGUGCAUAUCACGCUCAAGCCUCGCAUCAGGAACUUCGUACACACCGCGCCGAACUUGCGAAAACCCGGCUGCUCCGGAACGAGCUGGAGGCUUUAACCAGUCGUACACAAGGCCUGUCGGAAGAGUUACAAGAAGCUCUUGACCUCUUAACCUCGCAGUAUUACCGCUCGCUCCCCGAGGACGAUAAAGCGCUGCUGCAGGAGGAGUUUGAGGACCUGGAGGACAAUCUACCGCUUAUUGGACACCAUGUCUCGACGUCACUACACAAAUCUACAUUAGAGAUAGCACGGAUAGCUUAUCCUUCCGAGAACCCACGCACGCUCGAACAGAAGAUCGAUUCCAUACCCGCCGAAACGGCACUCCGCUUCAACGCUCUGCAGAAAGCACGUACCGCGCUCUCUCAGAAGCAGCUUGCACUGGCGGCAUUGUGUUGUGAGAUUCUUGAUGAAUACAAAGCCACAACCACUCGUCUACUCGCCCUGCUGAACCAGAAGGAGACAGCUAUCACAAAGGCUUUGACGGCAAGGGCAGAGCAUCUCACCUUUGUCGCCGAGAGCAUGUCAUUGAAGCUUAGUGUGUUGCGGAACCAAGCGCUCGCGGCCAUAUAUGACCCCGAAGCACUUAAUGCGCUGGAGAACUACCAGCACCAUCUCAGAGAUACGUCGACAAGAUUGAUUGCUAGACAGCGCGUUGCGGAGGAGGAACUGAGGAAGUAUAACAGCGCUGGAAGCGAUAUGAGGGGUUUGGUGGAGCGGUAUGGUCAGAUUAUGAGGAGUAUGGAGGCUGUCUCGAAGGAUAUCAAACGAUUGAAAGGACAGGCGUAAGGCUGGGCUAAAUAUGGAGUUACGGCGCGAAUGAUCCGUAUGUGUGUAUGAUAUAUGUACCAGCCACGCAUACAAUAGCACUUGCAACCCAUCACGAGAUAUGAUUUCGAUUCACGAUGG